UAGAGAGGAAAAAAUAGAAGAGAGCUUGAGAAGAAAGAUUUAUUAAAGUGAGAAAUUUAAAAGACAAAAGUAGGCAACUUUGAUUUGCUUUUUGUCUUGUUAUUAAAUCCCACAAAAACUUGUGUAUCUUUGGAACUUGUCUGUCAGAAAGAGAUUGAAGUUUCCAAAGGAGAAGUUGAUAUAUGGCUCCAGUUUCAUUGCCUCCAGGAUUCAGGUUUCAUCCAACAGAUGAAGAACUUGUUGCUUAUUAUUUGAAAAGAAAGAUUAAUGGAAGGAAAAUCGAACUCGAAGUCAUCCCUGAAGUUGAUCUUUACAAAUGUGAACCAUGGGAUUUACCAGAUAAGUCCCUCUUGCCUAGUAAAGAUAUGGAAUGGUACUUCUUUAGUCCUCGUGAUCGUAAAUACCCUAAUGGUACAAGGACUAAUCGUGCAACGAAAGCUGGGUACUGGAAGGCUACCGGCAAGGACCGGAAAGUAAAUUCACAAAUGAGGCCAAUUGGAAUGAAGAAAACUCUUGUAUAUUAUAGAGGAAGAGCACCUCAUGGAACUCGAACCGGUUGGGUUAUGCAUGAAUAUCGUUUGGAAGAAAGAGAAUGUGAAGUUGCUAACGGCCUUCAGGAUGCUUAUGCACUUUGUCGCGUAUUCAAGAAGAGUUUGAAUGUUCCAAAAAUUGGAGAUCAUUAUGGUAGUGAUCGAUCAGGUUGUAGCAUUAAUGAUCAAUUGUAUACUGAAGGAAGAGGUGAAGAUUGUGAUUAUGGAAUGAUGACUACAACAACUUCAUCAUCAUCCAGGCUUCUUCAUGGUUCACCAUUGAUGAAUCAUGCUGCACCUACUCCAACCAAUGAUGAUAAUAAAUGGAUGCAAUACUUGUCAGAUGAAGCUAAUUACACUUUCAAUAACAAUCCAUCAUUUGCCACUAAUGGACAUUUUCCAUACAAUCACCCAUCUAAGGUUGAUAUAGCAUUAGAGUGUGCAAGGUUGCAACAUAGAUUUGCAUUGCCUCCAUUGGAAGUGCAAGAUUUUCCCCAAGUAGGAUAUGUGAUGUCUCAAUCAAAUGAUGUUAUGUAUCAUCAGAGCACAACAAGUCAAACUGACAUUGUACAAGAAAUACUCUCAGUAGCCCAAGCUUCACAUGACCUUACAAAUCAAGAAUAUUCAUGGGAUGGAAAUUAUAAUAAUAUUAAUUAUGGAGAUGACUUCUCUUUUCUUCCUCAUAGUCAUAAUAACAAUCAUGACUUGGGUAAUUCCUUCAAUUUUAUGGACCAAUUAAAGGAAGAUGAUGAUCAAAAUAAUUCCAUACCAAUUGCUGAUUUUGAUGAGGAUUUCAAAUCUGAGACUAUGGUUGAAAGAUUGAGAUGGGUAGGUAUGUCACAAAAGGAUGACAAGGCCUUUCUUGAGGACUACAAGACUGUCCCAAUAGAAAAUAUUUCAGGUCCCCAUAAAGAGGAACAAGAUCAACUCCAAGGAGAAGCAAGUGGUCAGCAAAACAACAUGAAUGAAACAGAAGCAAACAAUUUCUCAUUAGGAUUUGGUAAUGAUGACAACUUCUUGGAUGAUGAAGAGACUGAUGGUUUUUCAAGUUCACCAAGCUUUGAAGUUUAUGAGAAAAUAGAAGUGAACCAAGGAAUGUUUAUAGCUACAAGACAAGUAGCCAAUACAUUUUAUCAUCAAGUGGCACCUUCAAAAACAGUCACAAUCCAUAGAGACAUGGUCACAAUGCAUGAUUUUCCUAUAAGGAAAAUAACAAAAAGUGCAACAUUUCUAGACACAUUUAUGGCAUUUUCAAGGAAAACUCUAUCAAGAGUAGUUAUGAGAGUCAACACUUUGGUAGAAUUGAUUGCACCUUUACAUACAUUUUGGACUAUUUUGGAGAAUGCUUAAAGAAACAAGACAAGAAGAACCAAUCAAGAAAUCUUUACAUUUUUUCUUCUUUAAUUUGCUUUUGUUUGCUAUAUAGAUUAACUUGUUGUAAUGCUAACCACAAUUAAUUGUUAUUAAUUAAGGGAAAGCUUAACUUAAUUAAGCCCCCUCAAAAUUGACACAGCUGAUGUAAGCUCUUGAUAUAGAUUGUAUUUGUUCUUUUUUCAAUACUCUAAUUAUACAGAGUUUUGGUAUUUUAUUUUUUUUAA